CCUGCCAAUAUCAUUGCGCCUGCGCAUUUAUCAGAAUAAAGGAAUCGCGGUCAUUUAAUGUCUACUAUGUUUUCUGGGCAGCCUAAACACAGAUCGGACAUGAGCAAGGCCAAAAGCAAAAGAGAAGAUGAUUCUGAAAAUGCCAACAAAAGCGAUGAGGAAGAAGAAGAGUUCACUGUAGAAAAAGUGGUGGACGUUCGAGUCCGGGGUGGAAAGAAAGAAUAUCUAUUAAAGUGGAAGGGAUAUCCCGAUUCUGAAAACACGUGGGAGCCACAGGAGAAUCUCGACUGCCCAGACCUCAUAUCCGAGUACGAGGAUAAAAGAAAGAAGAAAGAACAGGAAAAGAAACGAAAACCUGCUAAUGGGCUUGAAGAGGGUGCUGCUAAAAAGAAAAAGAAAAUUUCUGAUGAGGAUGACAAUAAGCCGAGAGGUUUCGACCGAGGAUUACAACCUGAGAGAAUUAUAGGGGCCACCGACAGCAGUGGGGAGUUGAUGUUCCUGAUGAAAUGGAAGGACAGCGAUGAGGCCGAUUUGGUCCCGGCAAGACAGGCUAACGUCAAGUGUCCGCAGAUCGUUAUUGCAUUUUACGAGGAACGUCUUACCUGGCACACGCAUAACGACAAUGAUGACGAUGAAAAAGGAAAAGAGGACAAGUCGUAAUUGCAAAUCAAUCGUCUUUCAUUACUGUACAAACAUGUAAUCAAAAUACCUUGUGCUGGUGCAUGUUGGCGUCAUGGUAACCAAAUUUGCGUCGUCGAGGGAUAUACGAAGGGAAAACAAAUGGAAUCUUGCUUUCUCGUCUUAGAACAGAUUAAUUUGCAGAAAUUUGGAACCAGACAGAUUUUGAGGAAAAUGUGUGGGUUUUUUCCUUGUUCAGAGGUUGCGAUAAACUAAAACUGCAUAAGUCAUCGGUAUUAUGUAUGCAAUUACAUGGCUCUAUCACA